UUCAUCCUGCAAAGAACCGUUCGGUAUAUAAGAGGCUACGAUUCUGCGUCGGGUCAACUGCACCGUCCCAUUUUGACUUUUUAACUGUUCAAAAGAGAAGAAAGUCCACAACAAAGACCAGCUUCCGAGCUGAGAUGGAUCCGCGUGUGGUGAAGUGGGGACUAUUUGUGGUCAGUGUGCUGCUGCUCACACUGCACCAGAGUCAGGCUUCUCCCUUCAACCUGAAGAAAGAACUGUCUGAUUGUCUGGAGGACGCAGACUACGAUAACUUGCUGCAAACCGCGCGGAGCGGCCUCCCGCUCCAUGACACACAAGGUCGUCAUGUUGCCAUUGUUGGAGCGGGCAUGGCCGGACUGACGGCUGCAAAGCUGCUGCGAGAAGCAGGACACCAGGUCACCAUUUUAGAAGCUAGUGAUCGUGUGGGAGGACGUGUGGAGACCUACAGGAAUGAGAGCGCGGGCUGGUACGCCGAAUUGGGAGCAAUGAGGAUCCCAAGUUCUCACGAAAUCGUGCUCUGGUUUGCUGAACUAUUUGGACUCGGGCUCAAUGAUUUCAUCAUGCAUGACCCAAACACUUUUUACCUGGUCAAUGGGCAACGAGAACGGACAAGUGCAGUGGAUGCAAACCCUGAUAUCCUGAAGUAUAAACUGCUGGAAAAUGAGAUGGGGAGGUCGGCCGACGAGCUGCUAAAUAAGGCUCUGCAGAAGGUGAGAGAUGAAGUGAUGAAUAACGGCUGUUUGGCUGCGCUGAGAAAAUAUGACCGUUAUUCUGUGAAGGAGUAUCUGAAAGAAGAAGGAGGUCUGAGUUCCGAAGCGGUGAGAAUGAUUGGAGACCUGCUUAACGAACAGAGUCUAAUGUUCACGGCACUGAGUGAGAUGAUCUACCAACAGACUGAAAUCGGUGACGAAGUCAAGUACUCUGAAAUAACAGGUGGUUCAGAUCUUCUUCCCAGUGCUUUUGAGAAACACCUCAAAGACCUCAACGUGGACAUUCACCUCAACUCCAAGGUCAAGCGUAUCAGCCGUUCAUCUACAGGAGUUACUGUAUCAUACCAGAAAGAGUCCUCUUUGAUGCACCUUGAGGCAGACGUCGUCCUGGUAACAACCACAACCAAAGCAGCCCUUUUCAUGGACUUCGAUCCACCACUCUCCAUUAAAAAGAUGGAGGCCCUGACGACAGUCCACUAUGAAAGCUCCACUAAAGUCCUCCUUACCUUCAGUGAAAAGUUCUGGGAGGCAGACGGCAUCCAAGGAGGAAAGAGCAUCACCGGCGGGCCAUCUCGUUACAUUUAUUACCCCAGUCACAGUUUCCCAAACGAGAAAAUCGGCGUCCUCCUGGCCUCCUAUACCUGCUCUGAUGACUCCCUUCUCUUCCUUGGAGCAAGUGACGAAGACGUCAAAGAGUUGGUUCUCAGAGAUUUGGCGCUGAUCCAUGGCAAGGACGUUAGUUCUCUCUGCACAGGGGUGGUGGUGAAGAAGUGGAGCUUGGAUCCUUACAGCCUGGGCGCCUUCACCCUCUUGACACCCUACCAACAUUUAGAGUAUUCUAAGGAGCUAUUUAAAAGAGAAGGCAGGGUGCACUUUGCUGGUGAACACACAGGCUUCCCUCAUGCCUGGAUCGAGACGUCAAUGAAAACUGCAAUCAGAGCUGCUAUUAACAUCAACAAAUUCCUGCUCGAAAAAUCUGAAGAAACCCAAAACCGAGACGAGCUCUAGGCUAUCAAAUCAGGAUCAAUCAGCAUCAUCAUAGUAUUACAUGUUAGUGUCAAUGUCCAGUGAUGCAUCUUGUGAUUAUUUUCAUUUUUCAUCCAUAGAUUAUUUUCACAAUUAGUUGAUUAUUUACCAAGUAGAACAAAAUGCUCAUCACAACUUUACAAAACACAUUGUUUGAUUUGUCUUACCAACGCUCCAAAAUCCAACAAUAUUUUAUUAUUAUAAAUAACAAUUUAGUUAGAAACAGCAAAGUUUACCCUGAAAAAUCUCAAUGGAUCAUUUAACAAAAUAGUUCAAUAUUGUUUCAUUACAGUAACAUAAAAUAGGUCAUUGUCAUUUAUAAACCUGACCUUCAGAAAUUUAAAGACAAUUAAUCUUGCGUCUCUCUGAUCACACUGCAAAAUCACUUUUUCUCUAGCUCUAUCAAUUGCAAACCUUUAUUUUACAUCUGUCAGGAUAUUUAACCUUUUCACAAGUCACUCAGUCAGGAUACAAACAUGACAAAAAAAAUAACCUAACUGAACCCGAAGACAUGUCAAGACUUGUCCAAAUGCAGAAUUGACCAAUGCGCACACACGUACGCAAACACACAAACCCACACACACUUGUUUGUUGUGUAAAAUAUGUGUUGAAAGAGAAAGGUAUAAAAGAUAUAGUGUGUGAGCAGCCCAACAUUGCAAAAAGGAAGAAAUCUUUAGGAACGAGAGGGAUUGGCCUAUGGAGAAUAACCACCACAAAGAUGAAUGUAGAUUGUAAUUUGGAUUUCAAGAGUUUUUUGCUCACUCUGCUGAAAUGGAGUAACGACUUUGAAUGGAUUUUUGGACCGUGGACGGGGUUGUGAUUUCAUCUAAGAGACUUGUGGAACGGUGGAACUGGCCAGGAGACCUGAGCUUCUCCCUCUCCCUCUCAAAUCAUCUAUAAUACCUUCAGCUCUUUCUGCUUAGCAAUUUAAUACCAAAUGAAUGUUCUUCAAUGAUUUCAAUUUCACAUAUAUUUUGAAUUUAAACUGAUUGAGCUGUAUGCUUGUCCUCGCUAAAGCUUUUAAUAAAUAUCUAAACUGCAGUUAAA